GAAUAGUGAACUCUGCAAAAUGAUGUUUGUCACCGCUUUUCUUCUCAACUUUGCAGUAUUGGCAAUUAAAGCUUGUAAUGAAUCAGAACUUGUAGAAGAUCCUGAUGAUUGUACACGAUACAAACAAUGUGUUAAUGGUGAAUAUGUGUCAAGAUCUUGUGCUCUUGGUACUGGUUUCAGUCAAUCUGGUGGAUAUUGUGACCAUCUCUAUAAUUUACCCAACUGUAAUCCAGACAGUGGUAAAGAAUGUACCGGAAAUGGAUUGGAAGAAGAUCCUGAUGAUUGUACACGAUACAGAGAAUGUGUUAAUGGUGAAUAUGUAUCACGAUCCUGUGCUCCUGGUACUGGUUUUAGUCAAUCUCUUGGGGAUUGCGAUCAGCUCUCUAAUUUACCCAGCUGUAAUCCAGACAGUAGUAACAAAUGUACCGGACCUGGAUUGGAAGAAGAUCCUGAUGAUUGUACAAGAUACAGAGAAUGUGUUAAUGGUGAAUAUGUAUCACGAUCCUGUGCUCCUGGUACUGGUUUCAGUCAAUCUCUUGGAGAUUGCGAUCAGAUCUCUAAUUUACCUAGCUGUAAUCCAGACAGUAGUAACGAAUGUACCGGACCUGGAUUGGAAGAAGAUCCUGAUGAUUGUACAAGAUACAGAGAAUGUGUUAAUGGUGAAUUUAUAACAAGAUCUUGUCCUCCUGGUACUGGUUUCAAUCCAUCUAAUGGAAAUUGUGACUAUCUCUAUAAUUUACCCAGCUGUAAUCCAUGAAGAGUGUACAGCAGGCAGUCAAUAAAAAUCAAAUAUUAAAGAAUGUAAUCAUG